GAAAUAUGAAAGACAGUAAUUCCCAAAGUGCAAUUGAAAGAGCCAAAUGAGCAAGAAAACUUUUGCAGCUAAGAAGUGGAAACAGUGCAUACAAUGUUGAGACUCUAACAAGCCAACCAUCUGAAGUUGUUAACUGUACCCGAGCGGCCAGCGGACGUAUAAUUCCGAGGCUACACUUACUAACUUCACGCAGACACUUUGGAAGUGUUUAACCACAUACAGUCCGUAUGGAAAUGCAAAAUCGAUAGAAUUUAAAUAUGGAAACGCACUCUUUGGGCCGCACACGCCAAACGCCUGCAGCGAGAAAUCACAUCGUCUAUACAGAUCACAAGGGACGCAAAAUCCCUUACGCCGACAAGAUCACUCCUGAGCCAAUACUGAACAACAAUGCAGGCCGAGACACAAAGGCGGACUCGAUCAGAAACAGUUAUAAUAGCCAAUUCAAAGUUGGCAUUUAUGGCUGGCGAAAGAAAUGUCUGUACAUUCUUGUCAUGGCACUCAUGUUUAUGAUGAUCAUCAAUCUCGCUUUGACGCUAUGGGUUUUGAAAGUUUUAGAUUUUAAUUCAGAAGGAAUGGGUCAACUACGAAUAGUACCAGGGGGACUACAAUUGUUGGGACAAGCUCUAGUAUUGGAUUCACUUUUCGCGUCAAGUAUCAAGUCGCGACGAGGGCAUCCGAUAGCCAUUGAGUCUUCAAGGAAUUUCACUGUAUCAACACGAGACGCGCAUGGCUUUGUACAGAGCAGGCUGUAUUUAGGUCAUGAUCGUUUAGAGGUGAACGUAGCCCAUUUGGAAAUCAGAGACGCCCGCGGUGGAUUGUUACUCGGAGCUUCGCAGGACGCGGUCACUAUCGGCGCAGACAACUUAUUCAUCUCUAGCCCAGCGGGUGCCACCUUCAACACCGCAGUCCAAACUCCACUCGUUAAAGCACCACCCUCCAAACAACUUAUGUUGGAGUCACCCACGCGUUCGUUAGAAAUGCACGCGUCCCAAACGAUAUCGCUAGAGUCCCGAGCUGGGGACAUCAGUGCGAGCUGUUUAACUAACUUUAAGUUGCGGUCUACUGCUGGAUCGAUAAGACUAGACGCGCCAAGUAUUUACAUGCCGAAGUUAAAAUCGGCCCUGCCACUGCCACCUCCAACAUCGCAUACGCACGAUCCACACCAUCAAAAUAUCUAUCAGUUGUGCGCAUGCGCAAAUGGAAAAUUGUUCCUGGCUCCGCCGCACGGGGUCUGCGCAGCGCGCGAGGAAAGUCUCAUUUGUCGAUGA